GCCGCCUGGCUUCCGGGCCGGGAGGUGCGGGCGGAGGGCGAGGUACUCCCGGCCGGCCGACGGGGGCGCGGGGGCGGCAGCUCGGCCGGGGUCUCAGGCCCCGGGCCUUCUCCGGAACCCCCCCAAGCCGCGGCCCCAGUCUGCCCGUGGGCUGGCUUUCUCUUCAGCUGUCGGGCCCGAGCCGGGAACUGGAGUCCCACGGACUCGUAGGACCCUCGAGAGCCGCCUCUGCCGGGGGAGCCGCGCGAACUGAGACGUCCCGUCCUAGUGCGAGCCGGCCGGGUCGGAGGCAGAGGCCACCAUGGAGCAGUGUGCGAGCGUGGAGAGGGAGGUGGACAAGGUCCUGCAGAAGUUCCUGACCUAUGGGCAGCACUGCGAGCAGAGCCUGGAGGAGCUGCUGCACUACGUGGGCCAGCUGCGGGCUGAGCUGGCCAGCGCAGCCCUCCAGGGGACCCCUCUGUCAGCUACCCUCUCCCUGGUGAUGUCCCAGUGCUGCCGGAAGAUCAAAGACACCGUGCAAAAAUUGGCUUCGGACCACAAGGACAUUCACAGCAGCGUCUCCCGAGUGGGCAAAGCCAUUGACAGGAACUUUGACUCUGAGAUUUGCGGAGUGGUGUCGGAUGCGGUGUGGGACUCUCGGGAGAAGCAGCAGCAGAUCCUGCAGAUGGCCAUUGUGGAGCACCUGUACCAGCAAGGCAUGCUGGGUGUCGCUGAGGAGCUCUGCCAGGAAUCAACACUGAACGUGGACUUAGACUUUAAGCAGCCUUUCCUCGAGUUGAAUCGAAUCCUGGAAGCUCUGCAUGAACAAGACCUAGGGCCAGCAUUGGAAUGGGCCGUCUCCCACAGACAGCGCCUGCUCGAGCUCAACAGCUCCCUGGAGUUCAAGCUGCACCGCCUGCACUUCAUCCGCCUCCUGGCGGGCGGCCCCGAGAAGCAGCUGGAGGCCCUCAGUUACGCCCGGCACUUUCAGCCCUUUGCACGGCUGCACCAGCGAGAGAUCCAGGUGAUGAUGGGCAGCCUGGUGUACCUGCGGCUGGGCUUGGAGAAGUCGCCCUACUGCCACCUCCUGGACAAUAGCCAUUGGGCAGAGAUCUGUGAGACCUUUACUCGUGAUGCUUGCUCACUACUGGGGCUUUCGGUGGAGUCGCCCCUCAGCGUCAGCUUUGCCUCGGGCUGUGUGGCGCUGCCCGUGCUGAUGAACAUCAAGGCUGUGAUUGAGCAGAGGCAGUGCACAGGCGUCUGGAGUCACAAGGACGAGCUGCCGAUCGAGAUCGAACUGGGCAUGAAGUGCUGGUACCACUCGGUGUUUGCCUGCCCCAUCCUCCGGCAGCAGACGUCAGAUUCCAACCCUCCCAUCAAGCUCAUCUGUGGCCACGUGAUCUCCCGAGACGCACUCAACAAGCUCAUCAACGGAGGAAAGCUGAAGUGUCCCUACUGUCCCAUGGAGCAGAACCCAGCAGAUGGGAAACGCAUCAUAUUCUGAUACCUGCCUCGAAGGAACUUUGUCGGAAGGGUUUUCCACCCACGAGCCUUGCUGUCUCAGUGGGGGUGGUUGGCUCCGAAAUGGACUGUGGUUCAUUUCAGAGCGAAUGGCUGAGCGCCACCGUGGGCAGAGGCCAAGAAGGGAGAGGAACCAAUCUGCUGGGUAGCUGGCUUCUUGGCUAGAAGGGUAGGAGACACUGGCUCUGCACUCCUGCUGUGGCCCCGUUUCUGUCUGCCAGUGACUCAAUAGCCGCCAACAUAGAGGCAGAGGACUCGGCCAGCAACGCAGACGUCUCUUCAAUCCUGCCCCCAGCCAGGUGGCCUCCAGUCCCACCUGUGCAGUUCCGGUGCCCGCGCCUGCCCCGGCCGUUGUAUAGCCUCACGACUGUAUGUAUCCAUUCCCCACUGUAAAUAGUCCGGGUUCAAACCGAAUGCCGCGGUUUUAUAAUUGAGCAAAUAUAUUCACAGGCCUUCUCCUUAC